AUGUCUGGAAUCUUCGGCGGCGGUGCCGCGGCUCCCUCGUCGACCAGCUCUCUCGGCGACCUCAAACAAGAUGUAGCCCUCAGCGAUCCCCCGACCGACGGCAUCUCCGAUCUGGCAUUCUCGCCUGCCGCCAACACGCCGGACUUUCUCGCCGUCGCCAGCUGGGACAACAAAGUUCGAAUCUACGAAAUUGCACAGAACGGUCAGAGCCAGGGCCGCCACGUGUACGAGCAUAGUCAGCCUGUGCUGAACUGUGCCUUUUCCAAGGACGGCACGAAAGUUGCCUCGGCCGGCGCGGACAAAAACGUCAAAGUCUGCGACCUCGCCUCACAACGAGAUCUCACCAUCGGCAGCCACGAUCAGCCUGUUCGAACCUGCCGAUUCUUCGACAGCGGCAGCGGGCCCAUGGUCGUCUCGGGCUCCUGGGACAAGACGGUCAAGUACUGGGACCUCCGACAGCAAGGGCCUGCCGCCACUCUGCAGUGCCAGGAGCGCGUCUAUAGUAUGGAUGUGCGUGACAACCUCUGCGUCGUCGCCACGGCGGACCGGUACAUCAACGUCAUCGAUCUCAAGAACCCGACCAAGUUUUACAAGACGAUGCAAAGCCCGCUCAAGUGGCAAACGAGGGUGGUCAGCUGUUUCAUCGAUUCAGCAGGCUUCGCCAUCGGCAGCAUCGAGGGACGCUGCGCCAUUCAGUACGUCGAGGAAAAGGACUCGAGCUCCAACUUCUCCUUCAAAUGCCACCGCGAACCCCCGUCCAACAGCGUCAUCAAUGUGCACGCCGUCAACUCCAUCUCGUUCCACCCGGUCCACGGAACCUUCAGCACCGCAGGCUCCGAUGGAACUUUUCACUUCUGGGACAAGGAUGCCAAGCACCGUCUCAAAGGCUAUCCCGCCGUUGGCGGCAGCAUCACGGCGACGACGUUCAACAAGACCGGCAGCAUAUUCGCGUACGCCAUUAGCUAUGACUGGAGCAAAGGGUACCAGCACAACACCCAGAACUAUCCGAUCAAGGUCAUGCUGCACCCUGUCCAGAAUGACGAGUGUAAGCCGCGGCCAUCGAUGAAGAAGCGAUAA